CCGCGCCCCCUUCCCGCCCCCCGCGAGUCCCGGCCGGCGGCGAGCUGAUGUCUUGAGCUUGCCGCCCGCGGGCUGUGCGCCCGGCCGGGGGCUGCCUGGGAAGUUGGGGCGAGGCGUGCCGGGUAUGCGCCAUCACCAUGUCCCGCCUGGGCUCGUGGCUCGAUGAGGUCCAGUGGCUGGUCUUGGUGGUUCUCUUCGUCGUGGCCCUGGGCACGGUGGGCCUGUACCUGGCGCAGUGGGCGCUGGCCAGGGCGCGACCCUGCUCCCGGAGGCGGGCGGCGGAGCCUGGCGACGGCCAGCGCCCAGAGUCGGAUGCGCUGCUCGCCUGGAUCCUGACUCUGAACAGCUGGAGGAGCCAGUGGCAGGCUGCCUGGGUGACCGCCCUGAACGAAGAGGCCAAACGGAAGGGGGGCCCGCUGCUCCUCUGCUUCCAGGAGGACCUGCUGCAGCCACCCCUGGAGCUGACCGUGCAGCAAGUCUCCAGCGUGGCCCGGUCGGCCCAGGAGAAGGUCGUGUUUUGUCACGUGCUGGGCGAGACCAUCCAGUUCCUGGUCAGCGCGGGGCCGCCCUCGUCUGAGGACACGGGGCGCUCGCUGUACGGCGUGCGGCUCUCUCCGCUCCAUCUGCAGCUGGAGCUCCACAUGAAGGAGAAGAGGGAGGACAUUCAGAUCAAGUGGUCCUUCAUCAGUGCCCCAGAGAUGGCCAUCACAGUCCAGCCCAAAGUCCUAGGGGAGGACCUGGUAGCUGGGUCGGAGGCAGUCUCUGAGAGCCUCAAGGACAUCCUGAAGCACCUGGUUAGCUCUGCCUCCCCAUCGGUGGUUCUGAGCACCAAGUCUGCGGACCUGCGAGAAGUUCAGCAUCUGCAGCGCACUUCAUCCACUCAGGAAUCCUGCCCUCCCAAACCUCCAAGGGCUCAUGAGCUCAAACUGUUGGUGAAGAACAUCCGAGUCUCGCUCCUGAGCCAUCCUGGUGCUUCAGGCAAUGUUAACCCAGUAUGUAUAGUUCGGCUAAAUGAUCCUGUUCAGAAGUUCUCCAGCACCCUCGCAAGAAACGCUGCUGCCCUCACUUGGGAAGAAGAAUUCACCUUUGAGUUGAAUGCCAAGUCGAGGGAGUUGCACCUGCAGAUUUCAGAUGACGGGCAGUCCUCAGAAGCUCUGUUGGCGAUGACGACUGUCCCCUUGGAUUUGUUCAAGAAGCAGCCUUCCGGGCCUCAGAGCUUUACGUUAACCAGCGGGGCCUCCUCGGGCAGCUCGGCGUUGGGUUCAGUUACUGCAGAGUUUUCUUACAUAGAACCCGGUGAGGUAAAACCCUGGCAAAUGCCUCCACCUGUUCCUGCUGCAAAGAUAGAAAAAGACCGCACUGUGAUGCCAUGCGGGACCGUGGUCACUACUGUCACUGCUGUGAAAACCAAGCCUCGCUUCGACGCAGGGAGGGCGUCCCCGCUGGGCUCUGGUGAGGCUCCUCCCGCAGAAAGUCUGAAAUCACGCUUCCCCGAGUCUCCCCUGAGGACACCUGUCAAGGUGAAGGUCAUCGAGAAGGACAUCUCGGUCCAGGCCAUUUCCUGCCACGGUGCCCCCGUCAGCAAAACAUUCUCUUCCUCAGACACAGAGCUGCUGGUGCUGAACGGGGCCGACCCGGUGGCUGAAGUCGCCAUCCGGCAGCUCAGCGAGUCCUCGAAGCUGAAGCUCAAGUCCCCGAGGAAGAAGAGCACGAUCAUCAUAUCCGGGGUCUCCAAGACCUCGCUAUCUCAGGACAGUGACGCAGCCCUGAUGCUGGACUACGCAGCCUCCAUGGAUGGUGCCCGCCAAGAGGCUGUCCCCCAGGACCAGCCAGAGGUGGCUGUGACCUCUGCCCUGCCCAAGGAGGAGGAGGAGGCCCCAGUGGGGACCCUGCCAGCCCUGGAGCCCCAGGAGAUAGAGCUAGACUCCUGGGACUUGGAGAAGGAGCCACCGGCUGGGGCAUGGGGUGGCCAGGCCCUGCAGGACCCCGAGGGGGACGAGUUGUCUGAGAGCUCCCUGAGUGUAUCGGAGUUGGAGCCAGCCACUGCCAAGAAGCAUAAAGGAGGAAUUUUAAGGAAGGGUGCCAAGCUCUUCUUCCGCCGGCGGCACCAGCAGAAAGACCCCGGCCUGAGCCAGUCGCACAACGACCUCGUGUUCCUGCAGCAGCCUGAUGGGGCGCGGAGGAAGGGGGCGACGCUCUCCCGGAUCCUGAACAAGAAGCUGCUCUCCAGGCACCGGGGCCAGAGCACCCUGAAUGGUGCCCCCUCGGACCCUUGCCCGUAGGCGGGUGCCUCCUCCGCGGGGAUGCUGCAGGUGCGGACCCACCAUCACCACCUGCCGGGAUACAGCCAGGGGGCCAGCGAGCUGCUGGACGGCCACCCUGUCCACCAUGUAGCUGGGUUUCUUCCAACCGUUUUGUCUUUUAAAGGGGGAAAAAAUACAGUCUCCAUCCAGGAGGCUUCCCUGAAGAGAACCUGCAAAGCCCCAUUUGCCACCAGAAGCCAGGGGACCCGAAGACUCCACCGUUUGCCUGUGCUCACAGCUCAGGAUUGAAGUUGAAUGGGAGGAUGCUUCCCGUGUGAGCUGUGGAACUCACUGUAAGGGGCUGUGGACGGGCAGCUGGGGAAACGAGCUCAGUCCUCCGUGCUCUAACCUUGGUUGGCGCCUGGACCACGUAACAAAGGGGACGGUCCCUGCCUGCUGUCACUGUGAAUGGAAUGGAUGGGUCACCUCUCCUGACUGGCCACUCAGAAUAAAAAGUGCAGCUGCCCCUGCAGACUGAGAGGUGGGAUACAGGCAAACAGAGAAAUCACCACAGUAACACAGACACUAUGACAAAUAUAGGAAGACACUUGCCUUUGAUAUUAGCCAUAUAACUUGAAAAAUUAUGCAAAUACUAAAUAUAUCCUAUGCAUAUUAUGCUGAACACUUUUCUAAGUUUACUUUGAGCCUAUUUGCAAGUAGGAAAUAUGUAAAUCCUUAUGUGGUUUUACGUUUUUCUGGAUAGCGUCAGAAGCUAUAAUAACACCACAGAGCAGUCAACACACAGAAUGUUUUCCCUGCCGUCUGCCGUCCGGGCUCACAGGAGAGCAGCCAGCCCGUCAGAUGAAGUCAGGAGCAAUAAGCCACAGACACAAGGAUGUGUUCACCAUACAUAUGUGGUUUUUGUUUAGUUCAAGGUUUUGCCAAAUAUUGCCAACAGCUGAAACAAAGUACUAUCAGGGCAAAGGAAGAAAUCAUUUUAUGUCUCAGGUGUGAGCCUUAGGAAUGGAAGUUUAAUAACAAAUGAGCCAAACAUACAUCAGAUUUCUUUUAUGAGCUCUUCAGAAUGCUACUGUGAACGGUGCUCAGCCACUCUUGGGAGGCCCUUGUUUUAAUUUAGUGGAAAAAGCAGUGAGCUUGGCACACAAUGUUAGUACCCUAUGGAUCUUCCAAAUAACCUUCCUCAUCAAUUCGCCUUUCCCCUGGGGGAAACCACGUUCCUCACCCGUGUGCCCUUCCCCUGGGGUCCAGUUACAGUUUUUCACUCCUUCUGGAUGAGCCACUUUUAAGAGAAAUGCUUAUUAAGGAGCACCUGUCAUCAGGAUGACAGGUUUUGCAUAAGAUCCAUUUUUCUCCAUAAGACUCAAAGCCAAUUAUGAAAACUUGGCUUCUGUCACAGAUAUGAAAUUGGGUGAGUCCCUUUCUAGAGGUGCUUUUGUGACUCCUUCAACAUAUAUUUCAGGGGUAAGAGAGCCAGGGAUGAGCAGAAACCUUUAUAAAAAUCAAGUUUAUGGAAUUCUUUCCUUUCCUACUUUUUUUCUUUUUGAGGAUGAGAUUAGAAAAUAACAUUAAGAAUUUUAUUUUAGGGACUUCCCUGGUGGUCCAGUGGUUAAGACGUCACCUCCCAGAGUAGGGGGUUCAAUCCCUGGCCAGAGAGCUAAGAUCCCACAUGCCUCGUGGCCAAAAUCUAGAAUAUACACAACAAGCAAUAUUGAACCAGGUUCAAUAAAGACUUUACAAAUGGUCCACAUCAAAAACACUUAAAAACCAGGAAUUUUAUUUUUAAAUGCACAUUUCAAAAUCCUUAGGUGUCCCAUGAAUUAUCAAGUGACUGUGAAGUGACUUUUUUAGCAUACGUUGCUUUUAAAGAUUAUACUCCAAUUGUUAUCACUGUAAAUUAGCAUUUACAGAUAAAUUAGCUAAUUUAUCACUGUAAAUUAGCACCUGACAUUCCAAAAUCUAGUAUGUUCAUACCAAGUUAGUCCCCACAGACUAGAAAUCGCUACUAGUCUUUUGGAACCAAUGGUCCCAUUAAUGUUCUGUUUUACUUGAGGGAUUCUUGUCCUUUUUCAUGUGGUCGGCAGAACCUGUGACGUUUCAGAAUUAAUUCUAAGAGGGUACUGUGUGUGUCAGAAUGUCAGGCAGUGAUCAGAAGUUGUUAGUGCAAUUUUUUAUUUGAUUUGAACUCAACUUCUUUGAGUGUGAAGGUGUCAGAGUUUUAGUUUCGACUUUUUUGCUCUAAAAGAAGUCAUAGCCAUUCCCAUUCCUGAACAACCCCACGAGCAUCCUGUUCACUGCUCCAUACCUUCAUCCAGGGCUCUGCUUCUCAACUUUCUCAAGACCUGAAACCUUUGCAGGGUCCUGGGGAAGUGUCUGGGGCUUUCUGUCCAACCUGUGAGGGAGAAACACAUGGAUUAACACAAGAGGGGGUGUGUGCUGAUGAGAUGUGUGUCUGCUGGUGUCUAUUAGAUGCACAUCACGAACCCUGUACAUUUAGGUCACUCCAGGAGCCCACCCUCCAGAUGCACAUACAUUAGUCUCCAGCAGAUGGAUUUUUCUGAAGUGACAGAGGACACUGACAUAGGAAUAAGACAAGAAAAAUGAAAGGUAGCGUCAGGGUAGUGCCAUGAGAACAUGGGCUGUAUUGAUACUGUGAAUGUUUCAUUUCCAAGCUGUUUAUCCAGGUGUAUUUUUUAAUAGUGUAGGAUAUUUAUGUUAAAUGUCAUUGACACCAAACAUCAAUUAAGAUUAUACACCAAAUGCAAAACCUACUUAUUGUAAAUCACUUCAUUCCCUUUACCUUUUCCACAUGUGAGAGUGGUUUGGCGGCUUUUGAUAUUGUUUUGAUGAAAUUUCUUGCAGAAUGGUGGUUUGAAAGCAAUUUCUCAUGAACACUAAUAUUAUUGUGUAUCUGUAUGUCUGGAACCAGCUGCUCGUGUCGGUUUUAAUGUUUCAAUACUUCUAUUGGAUUUGUUUAAGGACAAGCCUGUGUUAUUUCCUGAGGAAUGAAAUGGACCUUUAGGUGUGUGUCUGUUUUCAUGUAGCAUCAACAGAAGUACCCAUCUCAUCAUUCUGGCUGAAAACCUGCUGUGAGGAAGAAGGUUUAGACCGUGCACUUUACUUCAAUCAGGUCUCAAGUUUAAGUCCACAGCAUCCCUGGAUUUCUAGAGAUGAUUACCUGGCCUGCUGCUGCCAGCCAAUCACAAGCUGGGUGCCUGUCCAGAUGUUUGAUUGGUCUCACUGGUCACAUCUAUAGAAGAAUGCUGUACAUUUUCUUCUUGGACAGAAAGGGAAAGGUUAAUUUACACUGCUGCCACUCAAUUCAAAUGUUUUCUGAGUAAUGUUCUCAUGGCCCUCAGUCUUGAAACUUGAAAUGUAAGUUGGUGGCUGUUGGAAGUCAGAACAUUUAACUCCGUCAGAUGAAAAACAGGUCUUAGCACCAGCCUAGACCUUGCUGCCCAGUCCUGCCACCACCACCCCAAACCUGCGAAGGCGUGAUGACCAAAGCAAGCGGCCCCAGGGACAUCAGCACUGCUAGUCCUGUGAAGCAAACUCAGGUUACACCUCUCUGCUUCCUUCUUUUCCUUUUUUUUUUUGGCAUUCCUUCCUUCCAGAUGAGGAAGCAGUCAAAAUGCAACAAACUGCCCCAUUCACCCUGGAGGAGGAAAUGACAACCCACUCCAGUGUUCUUGCCUGGGAAAUCCCAUGGACAGAGAAGCUUGACAGGCUACAGUCCAUGAGGUCACAAAGGGCUGGACAUGACUGAGCAUAGCACAGCCCCAUUCCCCCAGCUUCCAAAUGACCAGUAAUGUGCCAUUUAUAAUUUAGGCUUCUAGUUCCCCACCUCCUCAGUGUUAUAUCAAAGCUACAGGUUUUUGUUUUUUUUGUUUUUUUUCAAAAAAAGAAGAAAACAAAAGGGUUUCCAGGUAUGCGGAGAGGUUUGGCUUGAUGACCAAGCAUGGUGAUGAAUUUACCCGACCGUGAUUGUAUUCCUAGGUAGCACUUUAAAAACAGACUGCAAUCUCGUACUGACCUUGUGUGGUUGGGUUCAUUCCGGGAAGAUGUGGCUGGAACGCAAACGGUCUUGGAAGGAAAUAAACGGGCCCACAGAACACUAAA